UAAGUAUAAAACUUGGGCACUGUGGCAGAGUAUAACUCAUAUCAAGAACUUAGUAUGAUUAUGAGCAAUAGUUUGUGGUCGAAACGUCAUCAGUUAAUAUAACUGUACAACACUGUGUGAUUUAAUAAAAAUAAAAUCUUAUCCAUAAUGAAGUUAUCUGUAAAAAUUGUUUUUAACAGAUAUAAGCUUUUUCCUAUCCUAAAGAUUUUGGGCUAUUCUAUAUACUUCUGAUUCAGACAGCUAAUAAGGCCAGAAUUCAACACACCACUGAGAUUUAAAGUCUUAUCAGACCUUUUAUAAAUCUCAAGGCAAAUUUUAUACAGCUUUUUAUCCACAUUAAUUGAUUUCAGUUCAUUACAAGUAAGUAUAGGUUCAUUAUUUUUGCAAGUAUAUUUAACUCGACCAGUAUCUGCCCUCUGUUUAUCCCUUCAAACUUUCAGCUGAGGGAAGCUGUGUAAGGUAAAGCUUCAUUUUGCUUAUAAUUUCUGAUUUUCCCACUUCAGUAAAGAUACUGCACUUAUGACGCUAAUAUCAUUGUGGCAAUUUAUUGCUCCCAUUUUGCAAAGAAUCCAAGUAUUCAAAACCCCUGUAGUUGUCAGCUAGUUUAUCGCCUUUAUGUUAUGCAUUCCAUAAAAUUCAUUUCCAUUCGCAGUUUACGAGAUUUUUUAGGAAAAUUUAUUUGUUCUCUUUCUACGAUAUAAUUACAUGUCAGCUAAAUAAACAACCAUAUUUAAGCUCAGAUGGUCUUUGAGUUCAUUGAGAAGUGUUUGAUGUAACGUUGGAUUGUAAAAAUUAAAUAUUGAAAUUCAAUAACUUCAGUAAGCGAUACUGUAGUCAAUAAAAAAGUGAAUAAAGAGUGGAUUAUGGAUGCAUUAUCCACAGCCAGCUUAUGGACUUACUGCCAGUUAAGCGGAAGUAAAACUCCUACAUAAGUAUCUCAGGAAAGUUAAAGAUAGUGAUUCUUGUGUUGUUUGUGUUUGUAUGUAGAACCUAACGAAAAAGAGUAAAUGUACAAGGAGUAUAAAGUUAACGGAACAUGAUAAAGUGAUCCAUGACUGUACGAACUAAGACGACAUAUAACUGCCCUGUUGAAUUAAAAAGGAUUUGUAUAUGUGGUGCUAGACCAGAGGUGUAAUAGAGGUUGUAUAUUUCUAUUAUACAUAUAUGCACAUGAUCCCAUUCUUAUAUCUUGAGUUUUUAUUGGAUUUUAAGUGUAUUAUUAGAAAAGAGAGCAGAUGUAUGUCACCUGUAUAAGUUUCCCUCCUUCUGCAAUAAAAUAAGGGCUACUCCUCAUCAACUUUCCCUUACCUGUGAACUCUAUUAGUGGGAGUACCUUACUGAUUUAAGUAUCUCACUUCUCGUUGUCUGGUGUUAUAUGCUUCUCCGGUUGCAGUAUUUGAGGUGUGUGUAUUUCCCUAUCAGUAUACUAUUUGUAAUACUUUAAUUUCACUUUAUGAGCUUAGCGUAAAUGUUCCUAUUGUAACCACUUUAAAAAUGCCUCAGCUAAGUAUUAUUGUGCCAUUAUCACAUAGCGAAUUCUGUUCUACAUGUGAAGUGUUGACGCUUUUUGGUGUGAUGUGUAGAUAUAUAUAGGUUUACAUGUUCUGCACAGCAUCUUUAAGAAACAGUUGAAAUGCGAUGAAUAUAUUCAUUUCGUAUCAUUAUCUACAUUCGAAUUUGUCCCAACAGUUCGCCUAGCAGUAAUAUUCGUGUGCUUUUCAUCUACUGAUUUUUCAAAUCACACUAGUGGACAAUAUGCCAGUCAAAUAGUAGACUAGUGCUUUAAGCUCUUUUUUUCUUUAAAUGUAUUGGCAUAUUAAUUACUGACUUAUUUGAAAAACGCUUUCACACAAAUUUUUAGUGUUUUUUUUCGGAACUGACAAUUUUAGACUUCUUGCAUACAUUCUUUUAAACAGCCAAAGAGGUUUUGAUUGAGUCGGUUUGGAUGUUUCAACGGUUUCUUUUCUUUCAACUCUAAAAUGAAGUAAUGUUCUUUUUUUCUACCUUAGUUUUUUGAUUGUUCAUCCAACGCAUCCUCCCCAGGCUGUGCGGCUUCUUCACCAGUCUGCCACUCAGGUGCAUAUGGGAUUGUCGAGUCACCACAAAGUAGUUCUAUGCCAACGCCCCACACACUUGCUGUGUCUGGACAUCAUGUUCCUUACAGUCCAGGAAGUGCUGUGCCAAACUAUGCCACAACAGACAGAAUGUAUGGAAAUUCAUCCGUGCAUAGACUUACCCACAGUCAUAGCGCACAAGAUGCUGGAAGUUUUAUGUUCCAGUCACUUUUUCCAUCUCCAGGCCAGAUGUUGCAUCGUUAUGGAUCACAUUUAACCCCUAAUCAAAUUCAAAUGCAUCAGGUUUCUCCGUCAGGCAAUAUAUACGGUCCACUAGUAUCAGUUCCAGUUCCUUACUUUCCUACUGGACCUACCUUAUCUAACUCUAUUUCCUAUAAUCCGCUGGCGCACACAGCACUUUCUCCUUCAAAUUCAGCUUGUUUAGGAACAAGUGCAAUUCUUCCCGGUGCCAGCCCAUCCAUUAAUCGAGGACCUCGAAUGCCUAUAAGUAAUUCGUGUGCAUUUAAUGAAAUUUGGCAGUCUGGUGGUGGAUCUAAUAUACCCGCACAAACUACCGCAUUGUCGUCGAAUCCAAACAGUGGAUUAACACAAACCCCUUCAAACUACGGAUUACGUGAGCAAAUUUCAAGUAAUCAGGAGACACCUACAUACAGUGAGCCUCAGACGCAUAUUCAAGAAGAUAAAUACCUCCAUCAACCCGAAAAGAUUUCUCACCGUCAAACUACACCAGUCUCACAAAGUCCAAAAACAAAAAGUAAAGACGAAUCCUUAUUGUCUUCCGAAUCAAAAUCUAGCCCUUCAGGAGGUUGUAAAUUGGAACAGUCAAGCAAGAAAGGUACACCACUUCCUCCACCUCUCCCUCCACGAUCGAAUUCACGGAAUCAGGUUGCUUCAACAACUAAUAGUCGUGUUAAGUCAACCGACCACAUAAUUUCAUCAACUGCCCCGACUGGAACCCCUUCUAAUUUGCCUUCACAAAACCAUAAAAAAGAGACCGCGAGUCGACCUCAGUCUUUAAAUACAACUGUGAGUAAACCGAACAACCGGCCAGCUGGUCAUUCAACAAAAAAGACAACAAGUCCUGUAGCUGUGAUGAGUUCUUCUCCUGUAUCAAAUAUUUCCAAGGAGUUAUUAGUUAAAGGAGAUGAAUUAAUUUCUAAUGUACAAACUCCAGAUGAUAUACAUUCGGCUGUGUCUACAACAAAUGAAAUGAAUUCACAUUCAAACACACCUCCUAAACUACCUCCACGUAUGGUGGCCUCAAGCACUAGCAAUUUAUUAACAACAAAGAAGGUGCAUGUUUCUGAGAAACCUGGAAAAUGCAAUACCUCGCAUCAAAAUGCACCUGCAGAACAACAACAACAACAGCAACAAGAAGAAAAUAUACCAGACUAUUUUGUUAGUCGAUCAACUAGUCCAUUUGUGAAUCAACCAACUAAGACAUUUUUCCCCAGUCCCCUGGAACCAGCUAAUCUCAUGUCAAAACCUGAAGAUAAAGAAGAUGCAGAAAGAUUGAAAGAGUCAUCGCCGCAAAUGCAUGAGACUGAAGCGACAGAAGACAAUAAUGAUUCAACUCAAGAACAACACACUCUUCGAAUGGUUAAACCUGUUAAUCCGGCAGUCUACCGACGUUUCAUGGAACAGAGAAUGGCCGAUGUUGGACGAAUACACCGGGAGAGAAAAGAGAGACGUGAUCGCCUUGAAGCUGAAAUGUCCAAGGUUGGUCUGGACGAAACAGCUCGAAUACAGAUGCGUUGUCUACUUCGCAAAAAAGAAUCAAAUCAUAUGCGUAUGCAGCGUGCAAAAAUGGACCAGUCAAUGUUCUUCAGAAUAAAGCAUCUAGGUGUCGGUGCAUUUGGCAAGGUUUGGCUUGUACGUAAAAAGGAUAAUAAUCAGUUGUAUGCAAUGAAGCUGUUAAAUAAACGCGAUGUUGUAGAACGUCGACAACUAGCUCAUGUACAGGCUGAAAGAGAUAUUCUUGCUGAAGCAGAUAACGAAUGGGUAGUCAAGUUGUUUUUCUCAUUUCAAGAUUCUCGGGCACUUUAUUUAGUUAUGGAAUACAUUCCUGGUGGUGAUAUGAUGUCAUUGUUAAUCAAGAAAGGCAUUUUCGAAGAACCAUUAGCACGAUUUUAUAUUGCUGAAUUGACAUUGGCACUGCAAAGUGUUCAUGCUAUGGGAUUUGUACAUCGAGAUAUCAAACCGGACAAUAUCCUUAUUAAUCGUGAAGGUCAUAUUAAACUCACCGAUUUCGGUCUGUGUACUGGCUUUCGUUGGACGCAUAGUUCAAAAUAUUGGGAUUUAGACUUUAGUAUCCCGUGUUCAUCACCAAAUCGUAGUAGAAUAAAUCGUGCUAAGACAACUGAACCACCUGAUGAUACAGAUAAGACGAAUGAAGAGCAAACCACAAAAAACAGUAAAGAAUGCGAUGAAGAUGAUAUUACAACUAUAGAAAAGGAAGAAAUUGGAGCACUUGAACAAGUUCGUAAUCUCCGUCAAACAAAUGGUAAACAAUUUACGGCAAUACGAGGUGUACAUCAUGAUAAAACUCUAGAAAGACGUAGAAACAGCUUUGCUAACCGUCGGUGUGCACAGUCUUUGGUGGGAACACCAAACUAUAUAGCGCCAGAAAUAUUACGCAGACAGGAUUAUGGACAAGCGUGUGACUGGUGGUCAGUUGGCGUGAUACUUUACGAAAUGCUUGUUGGACAACCUCCUUUUCUUGCUCAAACAGCUGCAGACACUCAAAUUCGUGUUGUCCAAUGGUAUAAAUAUCUCAAAUUACCCGGUGAACCUCGUUUAAAGCCUGAUGCCAGUAAUCUUAUACGUCAGCUUCUUCGAGAUCCAGCUGAUCGUCUAUCUGAUCCAGUCAAAAUCAAAUCUCAUCCUUUCUUUGAGUCAACUGCUUGGGAUAAACUAGUUCACCAAACUCCGCCUUAUGUCCCAACAAUCCGUGAUGAAUUAGACACAUCUAACUUUGAUCCAGUUGAUGAUGAGCGUACAUUGAAUAGUAGUGAAAACAGUCAAGGUUUAGAUAGUUCAUCCUCCGGUAAUACUCAACUACCUUUUCCUAAUUUCACUUUUAAGCGAUUUUUUGACAGAGAUCCAACCGCUGUUCAGACUCCUUAACCUUUGUUUUUCCCCUCUCUCUCUCUCUCUCAACUUUUAAAUUUAUAACCUGUUUUUUUUCUAUUGGUUCCCUCUUCUUUUUUCCCUUUCCUUUAAAUUAUUACCUGAAAAAAAGCAUUUAUACAAGGGAAGUUUAAUUUUCCUUUUUUUUAAUUUAGUGUGUUUAAUGCCAUAAAUUUUUGAGCAAAAACUUCAUAAUGUGUACACAGAACUGUAUUCCGUUUUUUUCUCUUUCUUUCUUUCUUUGUUUCUUUUUCCCCGCUGAUUUAGCUUGUGUAAGUAUAUAAAAAUUUGAAAUUUCUCUGCCUAAAAUAUUCAAACAUUAAAACAAGAAAUGUCCACAUAAUACUUACUGACACAAAAAAAGAUAAUGUAAACAUGUACAAUUUUAUCAUCUUUGAUACAUAAUAUUUAGGAAUUUUGAACAAUAUGCUUUUCUACAUAUAUAUAUGCCUUAAUUGAGUAAAAAUGACUGUAUGAUCUUUUUUCAAAAUAUCUCAUAUAAAAAUAAGCCAAAAUGAGAGCUUCCAUUCACUUCUUGUCUACUUAUCUACAAAUUCCAUGUGAUGGUAAAUAUGAAGUAUGAAAAGAAGAAAAAAGGGUAUAAUCAUUAUUUGCCAGGU